AUGUUACAUCAUUAUAACUAUCCAACUUCUCUAAGUCACUUCUUGAGUUAUCAUCACCUGGAUGACCAGAAUACCAAUGAAAAUGACCACACAUCUGGCGGAUUGUGUGAAGAUCUAACUCAAGAGGAAGAUUCCAGAUGUAGGAGUAAUUCAUCUGCAACUAACAAUAAAUCGUUCACAAUUGCCGCGAUACUAGGUCUAAAGAACGACGGUAAGGAUUUAGCUAAUUCGGCGUCCGAUUUGAGCGUGGUGAAUCUGUCUGUGCAUCCAGGAGGAACCGAUAGAGCCCUGGUGUCAGGUUGCAGCAGGUUGCAGCUUCCGGUACAUCGGCAUAGUUCUUCAGCGGUAGCCGUGACAGGCCAUUACUCUGUUGGACAUGGAUGCCCGCCGUCCAGACAAACCAUAAGGGGAAGUUUAAAACACGUGUCAUCCAACGUGUUACAAAAUAAAAAGAGUUGUAAAAGCAAGCGAGUGAGGACGAUUUUCACCCCUGAACAGCUGGAACGGUUGGAAGCCGAAUUCGAGAGACAACAGUACAUGGUGGGGCCCGAACGACUUUAUUUGGCACACACCCUGCAGUUGACUGAGGCACAAGUGAAGGUGUGGUUCCAAAACAGACGCAUCAAAUGGCGCAAACACCACCUCGAAUUAACCCAUCAGCGGCUUGCGGUCUUGAAACAACAACAGCUCCUUCUCGACGAUUCGCACCCUGACACUCAAGAUACAAACAGCUCAAGUACAGAUACGUGAGACCAUAAACA